AUGGGUUCCCCCACCAGGCCAAGACGCAACUGGGUACCCUGCCUGUACCUGCUGCUGCCGCUCGUCACAUCGGAGCCAAUCAACAACGCCUCAACAACGCCGGCAACCAGCAGCAGCAGCAGCAGCAGCAGCAGUCCCGCCACGGAAUGUCGCUGGAACCCUCCCGGCCCUCUACAUCCGCGCACGAUUGCAACCUGCCCUCCCGCAGUGGACGACACCACCGCCACGACGAGGCGACCGUCCGCGCCGUGGACCCAGGCACCAUACUGCGUCGCCGGCGACGACGAUGAAAACGCCCCGUCUCGGCGCUACUGCACCUUCACCUCGGCGACGUUUCGGUCGGGCCGCGGGCUCGGCUUCGUCGGCACGCCCGAUGCGGCCGCCGCGCUGGCCGACGCGCUGCUGUCGGAGCCGUGGCACUCGCGCUUCCCCUCGCACGUCGACGUGCUCGCCGACACCAACAGGAGCGGCACGUACGCCGUCGUCCCCGUGCCGGGCAAGGGGCUCGGCGUGGUGGCGACCAGGCAUAUACGGGCUGGCGAGAUCCUGAUGGCUGAUGACCCGCUGCUGGUGGCCGACGUCGCGGUGGCGUCGCGAGGAGAGCUGAUGCGGCUCGCCGUGGAGAGGCUGCCGCUGCCGGGGCGGUUCUUUGACCUGGCGCGGAGCUAUAGUGGAGGCGAUGCUGUUGAGGAUGUGCUGAAUACUAAUACGUUUGCGGUCGGGGUGGGGGAUGGGGAUUACAUGGGGUUGUACCCGGAGAUUGCGAGGAUAAACCAUGCUUGCAGCCCCAACAGCUUCUCCCGCUUCCACCCGUCCGACUUGACCAUGGACGUCGGUGCCAUGCGCGACAUAAUGCCAGGGGAAGAGAUCACGAUAAGCUACAUACCCCUCGGGCUCCCAUCCUCCCACCGCGCCGGCCAGAUCCGCGCCUGGGGCUUCGCCUGCACUUGCCAGCUGUGCUCGACGCCCGCGGAGAGGCACCUCUCGGACCAGUACCGCGAGCGGCUGGGCGGCCUGCGCGGGCGGCUGAUGCACGCCCACGAGGAGCUGGCCGCGGCCGAGGUGCACGCGAUCGCCGAGGAGAUGAUGGACGUGGUCGAGAUGGAGGGCAUCAUGCCGCAGCUGGGCGCGUACUGCGAGACGGUCGCGCAGGUGCUGCUGGCCAAGGGCGACGGGCGGGGCGCGCUGCGGUACCUGAGGAUGAGCCUCGACGCGUGGCUGCUGUACGGCGGGGAGGACCACGCCCAUGUGCCCAACGUCAGGAGUAACCUGAGGGAUCUGGAGGCCAGGGUUUUGGGGGGAUGGGGUUCAAAAGGCGCGAAAGGAAUCUAGUCGUGGCUGGAAGCCAGAGGAUUAUGGGCACUUUGUCCAAUGCAAUGGCCGACACCAUAAAAACGUUUGAGA